AUGUACACAGACACACGUGCCCUCCCCAUGUGCAGCCGGCUCCGCCCCCUCAUCAUCAUACUCCAUACACAGCGGAGCUGGAGAUCGAACAUGGCGGCCAGCGGAGGCAGAGGGAAGAGUGGAGCCAGCAUGGACAAGAGCAUCACUCUGCCGCCCGACGAGAUAUUCCGCAACCUGGAGAACGCCAAGCGCUUCGCCAUUGACAUAGGUGGCUCCCUUACAAAAUUGGCAUAUUAUUCUACUGUUCAGCAUAAGGUAGCCAAGGUCAGGUCUUUUGAUCACACAGGAAAGGAUGCAGAUCGAAAAUUGUUAUAUGAAAUUUCAGAGCAGGAAGAAAUCACAGCUCGACUCCAUUUUAUUAAAUUUGAAAACACAUACAUAGAAACCUGCCUGGACUUUAUUAAAGAUCAUUUAGUGAAUACAGAAACAAAAGUUAUCAAGGCAACAGGCGGAGGAGCCUACAAGUUCAAAGACCUCAUAGAGAAAAAAUUGGGGUUAAAAGUGGAUAAGGAGGAUGAAAUGACCUGUCUCAUAAAGGGCUGUAAUUUUGUACUGAAAAAUAUACCUCACGAAGCUUUUGUUUAUGUAAAGCAUGCAGAUCCUGAAUUUCGGUUUCAAACCACUCAUCCCAACAUCUUUCCAUAUUUAUUAGUUAAUAUAGGUUCUGGGGUGUCCAUAGUCAAGGUAGAUACAGAGGACAAGUUUGAGCGGAUUGGAGGAAGUUCGAUAGGUGGGGGUACUUUCUGGGGACUUGGAGCUUUGCUCACAAAGACAAAGAGGUUUGAUGAAUUAUUACAGCUAGCUGCAAAGGGACAACAUACGAAUGUUGACAUGCUGGUGAAAGAUAUAUAUAUGGAGGUGCAUACCAAAUUCUCGGUUUAACGGGAGACCUGAUUGCCAGCAGCUUUGGCAAGUCAGCCACAACAGACAAAGAAUUCUCCAAAGAAGACAUGGCAAAGAGUUUACUGCACAUGAUCAGCAAUGACAUUGGCCAGUUGGCGUGUCUCUAUGCCAAACAGCACAACCUAUCUCAGGUGUAUUUCGGAGGCUUCUUCAUUCGAGGUCAUCCUGUCACAAUGCACACCAUCACCUACAGUAUCAACUUCUUCUCUAAGGGGGAAGUCCAAGCACUUUUUCUCAGGCAUGAAGGCUACCUUGGUGCAAUUGGGGCAUUUCUGAAAGGAGCUGAGCAAGACAAUCCUAAUAUGUACAGCUGGGGAGAAAACUAUGCUGGUAGCUCUGGGCUUAUGAGCACGUCACCAGAUGUCUACCCCAUGCAACGAUCCCGGAGUGGAACGUUUGACAUGUUGGAGAUGGACCGGCUCGAGCGACAACUAGUAAACCUCCCUCUGCUCUUUGACCCGUCUUCCUAUGUUCCUGAUACAGUGGAUCUUACAGAAGAUGCAAUGGCUCGGGAGUAUUGGCUCACCUGCUUCGAAGAUGCUUUGGAAGGAGUUGCUAAACGUGCUGUUGCCAGUCAGCUGGAUGCUAAGGAUGCAGUGGAGCGGGCAGAAAAGUUCCAGCAGAAGUACUGGAACAAAUUACAGACACUCAGGCACCAGCCCUUUGCUUACGGAUCGCUGACAGUCCGCAGUUUACUAGACACUCGGGAGCACUGUUUAAAUGAAUUCAAUUUUCCAGACCCCUACUCAAAGGUAAAGCAGAAAGAGAAUGACAUAGCGUUAAAAUGUUAUCAGAAAGUUAUCAGAACUUUGGAUGCAUUGGGCUGGGAUGACAAACAGUUUGCUCUGGUGAAAGGACUGUUAGCAGGCAAUGUCUUUGACUGGGGAGCAAAAGCAGUCUCUGAUGUCUUGGAGUCCGAUCCCGAGUUUGGAUUUGAAGAAGCAAAGACAAAAUUACAAGCAAGACCAUGGCUUGUGGACUCCUACUGUGAAUGGAUCAAAAGAUUAAAGGGUCCUCCACAUAAAUGUGCCUUAAUUUUUGUGGACAACAGUGGCAUAGACAUCAUUCUAGGAGUGUUUCCCUAUGUACGGGAGCUGAUCUCCAGAGGUACUGAGGUCAUCCUGGCGUGUAAUUCAGGACCUGCUCUGAAUGAUGUGACGUAUAAUGAGUCUCUCAUUGUAGUUGAACGUAUAGCAGAGAUGGAUUCAAUUAUACAGUCUGCUCUGCAGAGUGAGAAGUUAAUUCUGGUACAGACAGGUUCCAGUUCUCCUUGCCUCGAUCUUAGCCGCUUAGACAAAGGCCUGGCCAUGCUGGUGAAGGAGAGAAACACAGACCUGGUCAUUAUUGAAGGCAUGGGCCGAGCGAUCCACACAAACUACUAUGCUGUGCUUCAGUGUGAGAGUCUGAAGCUGGCUGUCAUCAAAAACUCCUGGCUGGCAGAAAGACUGGGGGGCAAAAUCUUUAGCGUUGUUUUCAAAUAUGAGACUCCACCCAAGUGA